AUGCCGUUCGCCGCCGGAGCCAAGGUCCUUCUCAUGGCACCUCUUGCUGCAAAAGGCAUCACCUGCCCUACAGCAGGUAGGUUCACACCCAGUUGUGGCACGCCACGGAGAGAAAGGGCUUGGCGCGUCGCCUGCCGGCAGACCGCUGGCCAGAACUUCCGACCAGAGCGAGUCGCACCGGCUCAGAUGCCUUUCCAGGCUGAGCGGGUUGAGGCUCGCUUCCUCCCAGCCUGGUUCAGCUGUGUGGCUGCAGAUUGGCUUCAAGGACCCUACCUGUAUGCACUGUAUGCCGAAAGAGGCCUGAGCAGCAUCGUCAUUGCCAAGCUCUUCGCCAUCGGCUUCGUAUCGUCAGCGGCACUGGGAUCCGUGGCCGGUCGGCUUUGCGACCGGAUCGGUACGAGGUGUGGUUGCCAGCUAUACUGCGCCUGUGCCGGGCUGUCCUGCCUCCUCAUGCAUAGCGCUGCCCUGCCCAUCUUAGCCUUCAGCCGAGUCCUGGGCGGGAUAUCUGAUUCUUUGCUCUACACGGCCUUCGAGGCAUGGGCGAUUGAGGAGCACAAGCGGCAGCCUUUCCCGACUGAUGCCUCCUUGCGGCAGCUGCUGUCUCACCGAGAGGCAGUCUGUGUGGGGGUUCGGCUUCGUCCCUUCGUCGCCUAUGAAUCCGGGCAAGAGCAGUGCCUCACAAUCGAGGACAACACCGUUCAUGUGGACCCCAUGGUUGCAGAGCAAUCCCAAAAAGCCAAGGUGCUGGAGUUUGCUUUCGACUGUGCCAUGGACAGCACGGAUCCGAACGCGCGGAGCUAUGUGUCCCAGGAUAAAUGCUAUCAGAUGAUGGCAAAGAGGAUGGUCGACCACGUCCUCGGAGGAUACUUCAGCUGCCUGUUCUGCUAUGGGCAGACCGGCACUGGCAAGACCACGACAAUCAUGGGGAAAGUGGAGCCCGUGUCUGAGCAGGGUCUCUUGCUCAGACUGAUGAACGACCUCUUUGCAGAGAUGGCCGACCUUCAGAGUCAAGGCUCUGAGGUGCACUGCAAAGUUCAGAUGUUGGAGGUCUACAAUGAGAAAGUGCGCGACCUUCUCGUCCCCAUGAGUGGCAAAGACGGAGGCAAAGAUGGCAAGUCACGUCAACAUCCCGAGGUGCAUGUUCAUCCAAAGUUAGGGGUGUACGUGAAGGGAGUCGCAGACGAGCCGGUGGAGUCCUUCGAGAAUUGCGUGCAGCUUAUCGAGUAUGGUAACACCAUGAAGACGGUUGCAGCAACGGCGAUGAAUGCCAAGAGCUCGCGUGCGCACACGAUCUUCAAGCUGAUGGUGGAGAAACGUGGGGGAACGGACAACACAAUCGUGACGUCGGAGGCGUUUUUCGUGGAUCUCGCAGGAAGGGAAAACGAGAAAACCACCAAAGUGUCGGGCGAAAGGCUGGUGGAGCUAACCUUCAUCAAUCAAAGCUUGAUGUGGUUGGCGAGCUGUAUACAGGCUCUCGCGAAGCCGGACACCAGGAAGUCCAUGAGUGCUGCGGCAGCAUCCGGCACCGCCAUGAUGUCAAGGUUUCGGAACUCCAAGCUCACCCUGCUCCUCUCCAAUGCUCUGAGCGGAAAUUCCAAGACCUCCAUGAUCGGCACACUGAGCCCCGCCCUUGCCAACUUCGAGGAGAGCUACAGCACUUUGACUUUCGCCUCCACGGUGAAGAACAUCAAGAUCAAGGCGAAGCCCGCCAGCGCCGUGGACAAGGAUGCCUUGGUGAAGACGCUGCAGGAAGAGCUCCAGGCCCUAAAGGAGCAGCUUGCAGAGGCGCAGGAGAAGGUCCACCAUGACACGCUCACAGACAAGUUGGAGGCGACCGAGGAACUAGUGAAACGAUAUCGGAAGGGAUGGAACGAGGCCUCCAGCGAAGCCAAGCGAAUGAUGUCACAGCGGGGAGCCGCGUUGGAGAAGCUUGGAGCCCCUCGAUGGAGCUGGGCCAUGCACAACGUGCUUAUGGCAAACAAAGUGCAGCAGCGCCAAGUUCCGCACUUGGCCAACUACUCCGAGGAUCCGCACAUGCGGGGUCGGCUGAUGUUCCACCCUGCGCAGCCUGAUCGCGAGUACUCUCUCGGCUUCAACCAUGAGUGCGACUUCUUGGUGCCGCAUGGCCUGGGCAUCCAGCAGGUUACGUGCUUCAUCCAUAAGGACAGCAACGGACGCUUGUUCCUCCGACCAGCAGCACAAUCGGACAGGAGCAGUAGCAGCAGCGACGAGGAGUGGCAUCCAAACAAGAGGGCGGAUGGUGCGAUCUCCAGCAUCGAGGUUAAUGGUAUUCAGCUGAAGUCGCUGCAAGACGUGGAGCUCCAUCAUUUGGACUGUGUUGUCCUGGGACGCUCCGUCAUGCUUUAUGCUUUUACCGAGCCUGGAAGCGACAUCAAUUCCCUUCCUGCAGACAAAGCGGUUCGACCAUCGCAGCAGGAGUCGCUCAUCCUGGAGAUCCUGGGGAAGGACCGGGCCGAACAACCAGGUCAGCUGCAGAUGGCUUUGAAGUACAUGUCCGAGCUCAAGAGCCACAACCUUGACAGCGAUGGAGCAACCUCUGUGCAAGAGUUCAUGCUCAUGGCCCAGAAGGCUGCAACGAUGGUGGAAGAGGCCAACCAGAUCACCGCCGAGGUCAAGCCGGGUGGCCAGACAAACCUCAGGUUUGAGCUGUGCACCAUCGCGCCUAUCUUGGCCUUGGGAUACGGUCGCUCCUUGUGUCCAGAACUUUCGGUCCGACUCGUGCGGCAGAUGUCUCCCAGCCAAGCGAAAGCAAAAGCCUCUGCCGUCAGUGCGCGACGGGCAUCCUUGCAUUCCAGCGAGAUUCUCUUGGAGCAGUUUUCAUCUGGAGCUGGCGGGGUGGGAAUGAAUGAGGUGGAGGUUCUGUACAACUGGACCUUCGAGAAGUUCUGCUCCCGCUUACAGAUCAUGCAGGAGGUGUGGCAAGCACACUCCGAGGACCCUGAGAACUUUGACCUCGAUGAAUUCAACCAUCCCUGGUCGGAGCAGGGCCCCAGCGAGUUGGCAGAGCUCAGGCAGCGCUACGACAGCUUGCGAGAGAGCAUCAUCUCCGCAAGCCCCAAGAACAUGAUUGACCCAGGCGCACCAAUCACUUUUGGACCGCAGGGCAUACGAAAGCAGAACGAGAGGCUAGAUGAAGAAAACCAGCGGCUGAGACAGCAGGUUAGUGAACUGAGCAGUGCACUGAUGCUUCACUCUCAGCUCGGCGGAGUGCCCCAGCAAACGCCGAAUGCCGUGAGCGUGAACCAGGCGUCCUUUUCGGCAGAUCACACGCCAGAUUCCAUUAAAGGCAUCCUGGACCUCUCCAAGACCAACUUGCUUCUCGUGCUCGACUUGUUCGACACCCUUUCCCGUCUGAGCAGCAGCAUGUUAAAUGCAUCCGCUGCAUGCUUGAAGACUACGCCUGAUGGCAGCACCGCAGUCGACGAGGCGCGAAAGCGGUUGGCAGAAGCUUCCUCUGACUUGGCCAACUUCUUUGCCGAGACUUCUCCAAACUUGGGCCCAGUGGGUGUCGACUCCUUGAAGGACGUGCUGUCCAUGUCCUCCUCUCCGAAGACACAGCAAAGUUCGGGCGGCCUGCAGUAUGGCUUCCUGUCCAAGCGGCCCGGAAAGCUCAGCAUGUGGUCUGGCAGCUGGCUCAUUGCGGUUCUCUCCGGCAUCGUGGGCAACGCUGUUGUCAGCGCUCUUCCAGCAGCGCAAGGGGAUUUCAGGUUCGAGGCCUGGAAGCUGAAGACGAGCUUGGCCUGGGGAGGUCCGACUGCAGCCUUUGAUCUGGCAGCCGGCUUCUGUGUGAUGGGCGCAAUCCUCAUCUCCGUUCUUUGGCAGCCUCGCAGUCGCGACCCCGUAGAGGGAGAAGGGAAGCCGUGGGCGGAUCUCCGGCCGUCUGCCAGACCGCAACGGUCUCGUUUGUUCCAGCGCGCUAGCCCCAGUUUGUGCCAACGCACAACCAGUUGA